CGUUUCUUUUGGCAAUCAAUGAUUGAUAUUACGAUACAAAUGAAAAUAGCUUAGUUAUAUGUCUGUUUUUAAUUUUACAACUUAAUUAUAUUUCUUGAGGAAAUUGAAACAUUAUUAAAAUAUUAGAUUAUACGAAGAAUAUCACUACUAUGUCGUACUGAGUGUGGUAACCUGGACCACUGAUUACAUCCAAGAUGGCUGAAGUGGAUCCAGAGACUUUGUUAGAAUGGCUGCUGACUGGCCAGGGUGAUGAGCGUGACAUGCAGCUCAUUGCCCUAGAACAGCUCUGUAUGUUGCUGUUAAUGUCAGAUAAUGUUGAUAGAUGCUUUGAAAGUUGUCCUCCAAGAACAUUUCUACCAGCCCUCUGCAAAAUAUUCUUAGAUGAGUGUGCACCCGAUAAUGUUUUAGAGGUUACAGCCAGGGCUAUUACAUAUUACUUGGAUGUUUCUGCGGAGUGCACAAGACGAAUUGUAGCUAUUGAGGGUGCCGUAAAGGCUAUUUGCAGCAGAUUGCUUACAGUAGAUCCCAAUAAUCGAACCAGUAAGGAUUUAGCUGAACAAUGUAUUAAAGUCUUAGAGUUAGUUUGCACUCGUGAAGCUGGAGCUGUAUGGGAAGGUGGUGGUCUCCCUGCUGUCCUACACUUCAUCACACAUCAUGGUACAUCUGUGCAUAAAGACACUCUUCACUCGGCUAUGGCUGUUGUAUCCAGGGUUUGUGGUAAAAUGGAGCCUGGCGAUGCACGCGUUGGAGACGCUGUAUCAUCACUGUCAGCGUUGUUACGGCACAGUGACGCGCGUGUUGCCGACGCUGCUCUGCGCUGCUUCGCGUCCCUCGCAGACCGUUUCGCUCGUGCUCAUGCCGAUCCUGCUCCACUGGCCGAACAUGGUCUAAUUGAAGAACUGGUACGAAGAUUAGGCAGUACAGAAAGUGGUGAUGAUAAAUGUCUGGCUCCUUCAGUGUCUACCACAGUCAGCCUUCUCUCUACACUAUGCCGUGGCUCUGCACAGAUUACACAUGAUUUAGUGCGUCUGGAAUUGUGCUCAGCGAUUGAAGCAGCAGUGCAAGCUGAUGAGCGCUGGUGUCUGGAGUGCAUGCGGCUUGUGGACUUGUUACUAGUUCUACUAUGUGAAGGUCGGCACGCUAUACAGACAGGAUCCUCUCGUGGCGGUGCUUCUGCUGCGGUUUCGGGCACAAGCAGCGGCGUUAGUGGCGAGGGUACCAGUGGCGCUGUGGCCGGAGCGGGUACUGGUGGUAGCUCACGCGCCGAUAAGUCUCAUCGGCAAUUGAUUGACUGCAUCCGUGGCAAAGAUACUGAUGCCCUCCUCGCUGCCGUGUCCAGCGGAGCUGUGGAUGUUAAUUUUACUGAUGAUGUCGGCCAAACACUACUCAAUUGGGCAGCUGCUUUCGGCACUCGUGAGAUGGUGGAAUUUCUUUGUGAAAAAGGUGCGGAUGUCAAUCGAGGUCAACGUAGUUCGUCUUUACACUAUGCUGCUUGUUUCGGUCGGCCGGCUAUUGCAAAGGUGCUUCUCAGAUAUGGGGCCAAUGCAGAUCUUCGAGACGAAGACGGGAAAACUCCAUUAGAUAAAGCAAGGGAACGUCAUGAUCAAGGACAUAGAGAAGUAGCUGCUAUAUUACAAUGCCCUGGAGAGUGGCUUGUUGUGGGAAAUCAUGAUUCACCGACUUCCUCAAAUGAGGAAGAUUUUCCAGAAACGGGAGACAAAGAAAUGGCAGCAAUUUAUCUUGAGCGGCUGGUGCCCGUGUUCUGCGCGCGGUACCUGGGCGCGGGCGGCGGCGGCGUGCGGCGCGCGUGCCUGUCGCUGGUGCGCAAGAUGGUGCACUACGCGCCCGCGCGCCUGCUGCGGCGGCUGUCGCUGGCGCCGCUCGCCGCCACCCUGCCGCCGCCCGCGCACCUCCCGCAGCGACACCCCCACACCGCCGCGCUCCUCACGCAGCUCCUCGCAGCCGUACUCGACAACGCGGACGAUGAUGAUGGACAUCUGACAGUUCUGGGUAUCGCAGAGGAACUUAUGGUGAAGGCUGCAGAUAUAUAUUUGGAACAGUUUGCACGCCUUGGCGUCUUCAGCAAAGUGGAGGCGUUGGCCGCAGCACCUGCAACGCAGCUGUUAACUGAUGGUGAAACUACUGUGCCUGCAGACGGCGGCGAGGACGCGAUGGUAGUGAGCGCGGGCGCGGCGUACUGGUGGGGCGAGUGGUCGCUGUGCCGCGGCCGGGACGCGCUCUACGUGUGGAGCGACGCCGCCGCGCUCGAGCUCAGCACCGGCAGCAACGGCUGGUUCCGCUUCCUGCUCGACGGCAAGCUCGCCACCAUGUACUCCAGCGGCAGUCCCGAGCACCAGACCGACAACACCGAGAAUCGAGGAGAAUUCAUCGAUAAACUCCAAAGGGCGAGGGCAUCCGUAAAGAAUUCUGUCCCACAACCAAUACUUUCAAAACCAGGACAAACGAAACUCAUUUUGGGUAACUGGGCCUUAUCUUGUAAAAAAGAGAAAGAACUUCUUAUACAUAAUACAGAUGGACAACAACAAACAACAAUAUUAAGGGAGGAUUUACCAGGGUUUAUAUUUGAAUCCAAUAGGGGAACAAAACAUUCUUUCACAGCUGAAACAUUUUUAGGUCCAGAGUUAGCCAGCGGUUGGGCGAACCGUAGAUUAGUACCGACUGAUUCCGCCAAUACAAACCAGAGCAGGUCUCGCUUGUCGGCAAAGACCGAAGCACUGAAAGCACAGGUGAUGGAGCGGGCUCGCGCGCUGUACUCGCGGCACCUGGCGCGCGCGGCCACGCGCCAGCCUCGCGCGCCCGUCGCGCGCCUCCGAGUGCUGCUCGCGCGCAUGCAGCGCCUCGCCGCGCAGCCCACCAAAGGCUGGCAAGAAGAAUUGAAUGAAGCUCUGGAUCAACUAGCAGAGUUGUUGUGUGGUGACGAACUCUUGUCGGCUUAUGAGCUGCAAUCGUCUGGAUUGGCCCCAUCAUUGUUACAAGUUUUAUCUCCACAAGCUAAUGACGUGGUUGGUCAGGCGGCGGAACGCGAGCGUAUAGUGCGUGCGUGGCUGUGUCGCGACGAGAUGAGCGCGGGCGCCGCGCUGGCGGCGCGGCUGGUGGCCGUGCUGGAGAGCGUGGAGCGGCUGCCCGUGCUCGCGCCCGCCGGGGACGCGCCGCCGCCGCCCGCCGGCGCCGCCGCGCUUCACCACCUCACCAAGAGGAUCAGGUUACGCGUAGAACGUGCCGCUAGCGAUGACUCCACUGAUGACUCUAUUUCGAAUAAUGGAAACAAUAGCGCCCGUAAUCUUAAAGUGGAGGCCUUGACGACCGUCCGACAACUGGAGAGGUUCCUUGCAAAGUCUGUAGCAUGCCAGUGGUACGACAUGGAUAGAUCUACUUUUAAUUUCGUACAGAAGAUCAAAGCGGAAUCACCUAUUACAUUUAAUUAUGAUUAUGACUUCGACGAAAACGGGCUCCUUUAUUUCAUAGGUAGUAAUGGUGGUACUUGUGAAUGGGUGAACCCCGGCGCACAUAAUCUAGUUUGUGUUUGGUCAUCCGACGGUCGCCAGUUGCCGUACGGACGUGCUGAAGAUACACUUUCCAGGUCCCCGGAGCCGCUGAACGUGCACACAAAUGACGACCGCCGUGCAUUUAUUGCGGUGGACCUGGGAGUGCAUAUAAUACCAACAGCGUAUACUCUCCGCCACGCGCGUGGAUAUGGACGGUCUGCGCUUAGGAAUUGGCUUUUCCAAAUGUCAAUGGAUGGUGUAUCAUGGACCACUUUAUUGAUUCAUAAUGACGACCAGGUUCUUCAAGAGCCAGGUAGCACAGCUACUUGGCGUUUGCCCGCUGAAUUUGCAUACCGAUACUUACGGAUACAACAAAAUGGCAAAAAUGCUAGUGGGCAGAGUCAUUAUCUAUCUCUGUCAGGCUUGGAGUUGUAUGGCAUUGUGGUGAACGUAUGCGACAACGCGCCGCGGCAGUGCGGCGCAGUAGCGGGCGGUGCGCCAGUGUCGGCGGUGGCUCCGGGGCCUGCGGGGGCGGGCGGAGGUGGAGGCGGCGGCGGGGGCGGGGGCGGGGGCGGGGGCGGAGCCCGCGCUCGGAGAUGGCGAGGGGCGCGCGGACUGUGUGCGGGCGCGCGCGUGGUGCGCGGCCCCGACUGGAAGUGGCGCGACCAGGACGGACCGCAGCCCGCAGCCGGCACCGUCACCUCGGACCUGCACAACGGCUGGGUCGACGUCAGGUGGGAACACGGAGGCAGGAAUUCGUAUCGCAUGGGAGCGGAGGGCAAGUUUGACUUAAAAGUGGUUAGCGGCGGCGAGGGCGGUGGUCGCCACGGCCGUAAGAGCCACUCCACACCCAGUCUCCCUGAUGCCACUGCAGUCGACCAACAGGUAUCAGUGGCAUCGACCGAGCAAGCGUCAUCUGCCGAUAACAUAUCAGGAGAGGAGAUGACCAGCAACAUGUCGCGGCCGCGCAUGCACGCUACAGAUCUCUCGGCCAUCAAUAACUCCAGUCACCAUAUCAACACCGAUCUUGCUACUAUAGUGGAAUCAUUAACCCUAGGCGCAGAAGGCAAUAAUUGUAUAGCUGAUCUGGGUAAUACUUCAUAUACUAACAUGGAAAUGGGUCCAACCAGUAUCACGGAUAUAACAAAACCUUAUCCAGCCAAAGAGCCCGCACCAGAAGGAAAUACCCAGGAGGAAAAUGAGCCACACAAUAGUGACGGCGACGCUGUGAGGAAUAGCGCCAAUGCGCUGCUGUCGAGCGAACUGCUCGCGCUACCGGCCUCUUUGCUUCACACCCUCACCAGUAACACGAACCGCCUUCACAUACAGUGUGAAGAUAGUGAGACUGCUGACGCUCAGUAUAGUGACCAUAAGAAAGAUGGUUCCUCGGGCGGUGGUUCGGGAACUAUGAGUGCUAGUGAACCCGAUUUGACACAACAGGGCGCGGCUCGGCUGCUGGAGUCGCUGGGCGCGGGUCGCGGCUCCGGCAUAGCGGGCGGCGUCGGCGUCGGCCCCCGCGCCACGCACGCCUCCAGCCUGUUCCCCAGCCUCGUCCGUCUAGCCCUGUCAAGUAACUUCCCAGGAGGUUUAUUGUCUGCGGCUCAAAGUUAUCCAUCGUUGGCGCCAAAUGCUCAAAACGCUCUUACAUUAUCGCUUACCUCCACAUCUAGUGAAAGUGAACAGGUAUCUCUGGAGGACUUCCUGGAGUCGUGGCGAACUGGCCCCGCUUUACUCACCGAGCUGGAAGACGACGACGACGCUGACGACGCGCUCGACAGCGACAAAGAGAAUGAACCCACAUAUCAGGAAGUGGUGUCUCGGAACUUGUUGUCACUCAUGGAAGAGGAAGCAUUGGAAGCUGUGAGGAGCGCGAGCGGCGGCGGUAACUCCCGGACUCGGCGACCUUGGGAUGAUGACUUUGUACUCAAACGACAGUUUUCUGCACUUAUUCCUGCUUUCGAUCCGCGGCCAGGCCGAACCAAUCUGAAUCAGACUGUUGAUCUCGAUGUUCCUCUGAACGAUGAAUCAGAGGGUGAGGAAGAGGCGGAACCGGGUGUUAGUGGCAGUAGCGAGACUGGUAGUGGCAAUGGUAAUAGUACGACUAAUGGUAGCGGACGACUGCCGGCGCUGCGUCUAGUAUUGAGCACUGGUAGUGCUUCACUGACGCUGGAGAGGCCUUCGUGGACCUUGUACCGAGCUGUCGUCGCACUCAACGCGCGCCUGCCAGCACACGACACGCAUCGCGACACUACUUACACAUUGACAUACAAGGAAAUAAAAGGAAUGGAGACAUUUGCUUCCUCAAGUGACAGCGAAGAUGAUGAACCAUGUGAUCCUGCUGCGGGCAGUGCGGCGGGUGCGGCGGGUGCGGCGGGUGCGGCGGGUGCGGGGGGUGCGGGCGGUGCGGGGGUCGCGGAGGGCGCCAUGGCGACGUGCUGCGUGCGCGUGCUGCGGCGGCUCCGGGCGGCGGCGCCCGCGCUGCCGGCCGAGCCGUUCCUCUCCACCAAGCUCACCAACAAGCUGCACCAGCAGCUGCAGGAGCCGCUCACGCUCGCCGCCGGCGCCACGCCGCCAUGGUGCCAGCAGCUAAACGACUGGUGUCCAUUCCUGUUCCCGCUGGAGACGCGUCAGAUGUUCUUCGCGUGUACUGCGUUUGGUACAUCACGGACAAUCGUGUGGCUCCAGGCGCAGAGAGACCGCGCCCUCGACAGGCAAAGGAUGGGGAAUACUGUUUCGCCACGUCGAGCUGAUUUAGAAGCUAAUGAGUUCAGAAUGGGAAGACUUCGGCAUGAACGUGUUCGGAUACCCAGGCAACCAAAUUUGCUGCGGUCGGCCAUGCAGGUGAUGCGCGUGCACGCGGGCCGCAAGUCCGUGCUGGAGGUGGAGUUCGCUGGCGAGGAGGGCACGGGGCUCGGCCCCACGCUGGAGUUCUACGCGCUGGUGGGCGGCGAGCUGCAGCGCGCCGACCUCGCCAUGUGGCUGCACGACGCGCCCGCACCCUCCUCGCCGCACGCGCACGCGCCGCACUACCUCGUGCUGCCAGAUGAAAAACCUCCGGGUUAUUAUGUGACACGUGCAGGUGGUUUAUUCCCAGCGCCUCUUCCUCAAGACUCACCUAUCUGUGAUGAAGUUUGCAAAUAUUUCUGGUUCCUAGGAGUAUUCUUAGCCAAGGUCUUACAGGACGGACGGCUCGUAGAUCUCCCUCUUUCAGAGCCGUUUUUACGAAUUAUGUGUGGAGAAGAACUCAGGACUGAACAUUUGGAAGAAAUCGAUCCUAUACGGCAUAGAUUCCUGCAGAGCGUGGUGGCAGCAGCAGAGCGGUACGAGAGUUCGCCCGAGGAAGAGCCCACCGUGGAGGGCGCCACGUUCGAGCAGCUCGCGCUCACCAUGGCGCACGUGGCCGCCCACCCCGACCCAGCCGUCGCCGUGCAGCCGCUCUGCGACGGCGGCGACCACAUCGAGGUGGGGCCACACAACGCGCGAGCGUACGCUGAGGCGUCCGCGCGGUGGAUGGUGCGCGACGGCAUCCGGCGGCAGACGGCGGCCUUCAGGAAUGGGUUCGGUGCCGUGUUCCCGGCGCGGCGACUGCGAGCGUUCUCGCCAAGCGAGCUGCGUCUGCUGGUUUGCGGCGAGCGCGGGCCCGCCUGGACCCGCGACCACCUGCUGCAGUAUACAGAGCCCAAGCUGGGCUACACGCGCGACAGCCCUGGGUUCCUGCGUCUUGUGGAUGUAUUAGUGGAGAUGUCGCUGGUUGAACGGAAAGCUUUCCUACAGUUUGCGACCGGUUGCAGCAGUCUGCCGCCCGGAGGCCUGGCAAAUCUACACCCCAGGCUUACUGUAGUGAGAAAGGUUGAUGCUGGAGACGGGUCGUAUCCAUCGGUAAACACAUGUGUGCAUUACUUGAAACUACCUGAGUAUUCAUGUAAAGAAGUACUACGUGAACGAUUGCUCGCCGCAACGAACGAGCGAGGCUUCCAUCUCAACUAGAUUUAGGCUAUAUUUUAAUAUUAAUAAAUAUGUUAAAACUAUAAAAAAUAGCACUGACUAAUCACAUUUAAUUGGGCAAGAGGUUCAAUGAUCUUAUAGAUGUAAUUGUUUCAUAUUUUGUUAUAAGGAAAUGCCCUUUAUUUAAUUAUAUAAUAAAGUAUAUAUAUAUGAAUAUUAUAUUAUAUUAAUGGAGUCUUUAUAUGAAUAUUGGUUUACGUUAAUUUAAUUUUUCGCUAUAGUGGUUUUGUAUAGGUAUAGGUGAUUCAUAAUUUCCGUUUUGUUUCAUUAUA